UUAGCUCACCAAUCUCAGGAAAUUCAGCAUAGCUAAGAUUUUCACAAGCUUUGCAAAAUUUCCUACCCCACUUCUCUCCUUCAAAAAUUUCGUUACCACAUAAACUUUUAUAAUUCCCUUACAUAUAAAAAAAAAUACAUCAAGAAAUGGAAAAUGCACUUGGAAGUAGCCUUUGCGUGGAAUCAAUAAGAAGCGAGGAUCCGUUGAUGUGGAAGGCGGCGGCGGAGUCGUUGGCCGGUAGCCACCUUGAGGAGGUGAAGCGCAUGGUGGGGCAGUACCGGAAGGGGGUGGUGCGGCUGGGCGGAGAGACGCUGACGAUAGGGCAGGUGGCGGCGGUGGCCGGGCGCGAGGGAGAGGUGAAGGUGGAGCUGGCGGAGGCGGCGAGGGAGGGCGUGGCGGCGAGUAGUGAUUGGGUGAUGGAGAGCAUGAACAAAGGGACUGAUAGUUAUGGCGUCACUACCGGUUUUGGUGCUACGUCACAUAGGAGGACCAAACAAGGUGGCGCCCUACAAAAGGAACUUAUUAGGUUUUUGAAUGCUGGAAUAUUCGGCAACGAUAGUGAUUCGUACCACACCCUGCCUCGCUCCACCACAAGGGCCUCAAUGCUAGUAAGAAUCAACACAUUGCUCCAAGGCUACUCCGGCAUCCGAUUCGAAAUCUUGGAAGCCAUCGCCAAGCUCAUCAACACCGGCAUCACCCCCUGCCUGCCCCUGCGAGGGACCAUCACCGCCUCCGGCGACCUCGUCCCCCUCUCCUACAUUGCGGCCCUCCUCCUCGGCCGCCCCAACUCCAAGGCCAUCGGCCCCAACCGCGAGCUCCUCGACGCGGGCCGGGCCUUCUCCCUGGCGGGCAUCGCCACGGGCUUCUUCGACCUCCAGCCCAAGGAAGGCCUCGCGCUCGUCAACGGCACCGCGGUCGGGUCGGGCCUGGCCUCCACCGUCCUCUUCGAGGCCAACAUCCUCGCCGUGCUAUCCGAGGUCGCCUCGGCUGUCUUCGCCGAGGUGAUGCAGGGGAAGCCCGAAUUCACGGACCACCUCACCCACAAGCUGAAGCACCACCCGGGCCAGAUCGAGGCAGCUGCCAUCAUGGAACACAUUCUCGACGGAAGCUCCUACAUCAAGGAGGCGCAGAGGGUGCACGAGAUGGAUCCGUUGCAGAAGCCGAAGCAGGACCGCUACGCCCUCCGCACGUCGCCGCAGUGGCUCGGCCCGCAGAUUGAGGUGAUUCGGGCCGCCACCAAAUCCAUCGAGAGGGAGAUCAACUCCGUCAACGACAACCCCUUGAUCGACGUUUCCAGAAACAAGGCGCUGCACGGGGGGAACUUCCAAGGCACCCCGAUCGGGGUAUCCAUGGACAACACGCGUUUAGCCAUCGCGUCGAUUGGGAAGCUCAUGUUUGCUCAAUUCUCGGAGCUCGUCAACGACUUCUACAACAACGGCCUGCCCUCGAAUCUCUCGGGGGGCCGCGAUCCGAGCUUGGAUUACGGCUUCAAGGGGGCGGAGAUCGCGAUGGCUGCUUACUGCUCCGAGCUGCAGUUCAUGGCUAAUCCGGUGACCAGCCACGUGCAGAGCGCGGAGCAGCAUAAUCAAGAUGUGAACUCGCUAGGGCUGAUCUCCGCGAGGAAGACGGCCGAGGCGGUGGAGAUUUUGAAGCUCAUGUCGUCGACGUACCUGGUUGCGCUGUGCCAGGCGAUGGAUCUCCGGCAUUUGGAAGAGAAUCUGAAGAUGGCGGUGAAGAACGCGGUGAGCCAGGUCGCUAAGAAGGUUCUAACAAUGGGGCAGAAUGGGGAGCUCCACCCCUCGAGAUUCAGUGAGAAGGAGCUGCUCAAGGUGGUGGAGAGGGAGCAUGUGUUCGGGUACAUCGACGAUCCGUGCAGCAGUAACUACCCCUUGAUGCAGAGGCUGAGGCAGGUGCUGGUUGAUCACGCGCUAGCCAAUGGCGAUGCGGAGAAGGAGGCGAGCACGAGUAUCUUCUUGAAGAUUGGCGCCUUUGAGGAGGAGCUGAAGGCGAUGUUGCCUAAGGAAGUGGAGGCUGCGCGGGUGGAGGUGGAGAAGGGGAGGGCGGCGAUUGAGAGCAGGAUCAAGGGGAGCAGAUCGUAUCCGUUGUACAGGUUUGUGAGGGAGGAGGCGGGGACCGGUUUCUUGACGGGGGAGAAGGCCCGGUCGCCCGGUGAGGAAUUUGAUAAGGUUUUUAGGGCAAUGUGUGAAGGGAAACUCAUUGAUCCAUUGAUGGACUGUCUCAGGGAAUGGAAUGGUGCUCCUCUUCCUAUCUGCUGAUCAUCAUCAUCAUGUAUGCAUCUUCACAUUGGUUUACAUAUUGUAUGCUAAGUUCCCUUCUCUCUCCUCAACAAUUUUAUACUCUUCUUGAUUGUCUUCAACUUGUGAGAAUAUGUUGUAAGACUGUAACUGAAACUCAAACCUGUGUAAUGGUUUUCUUCAGACAAAGUGUAAUGUGGAAAUAUAUCUUCUUCUUUUU